AUGGCGUGGCCCUGCAUCAGCCGCCUGUGCUGCCUGGCGCGGCGCUGGAACCAGCUGGACCGCUCCGACGUGGCGGUGCCGCUGACGCUGCACAACUACUCGGACCUUGAGGGCGAGGAGCCGGGCCUGGGCGGCGCCGCGGCGCGCACGGGCGCGUCCCCCGCAGGCGCCCGGGACCCCGGCCGGGACCUGCCGCUCACUCAGUACCAGCGGGACUUCGGCGCGUGGCCGGCGCCUGCGAAGCCCAGAGAUGCGACGCAGGGGCGCAGGCCGGGGGCGGGCGGCCGCAAGGACACGUUCCCCGCACCCGCGGGCCGGGGGAUCUACGUGCUCCCCAUCGGCGAUGCGGACACGGCUGCAGCGGCGACCACGUCGUACAGACAGGAAUUCCAGGCCUGGACUGGAGUCAAGCCAUCGAGAUCCACAAAGGUGAAACCCACCACAGUUAUCACAACCCACAGCUCCGGCUGGGACGGAAGCCCUGCAGCCAGCUGCCAGGUCCCUGAGGUGAGGAAGAAGUUCGCUCCUAACCCCUCAGCCAUCUUCCAGGCUUCAGCUCCCCGGAUCCUCAACGUGUGA